AAACAACGUAGAAAUUUUCAUAAACCUCACAACUAACUUCAAAUAUUCUCUAGCACUUCAUAUCUUUAGCCAGGGGCAGAUAUAAAAAGGAUACAUAAUUAUGAGGACGUUCGUUGUGCUUGUUUUAGUCAUGUUGGUGAUGACUUCAACCUUGGCCACGAGCAGGAACUUAGUCCAGAACUAUAACGAAGCCGAUAAUGGUUUCGGGCAGGGGGAAAAUAGCAGCGUGAAUAAUCACCAUUAUAUACCAAGGCAAGACUUCAACAAUGGUAAUGGAGGUGAUGUUCCUAAAGCAGGACAUGAUACAGAUGCUGGCAAGUUCUAA